ACCAAGAGAAGUGUUUAUGUAUUGACAAAUCCCUCGUAAAAAAACAUUUUUAAAUAUAAAAUAUAUAUAUAUAUUUACAUAUUCCGUCUCUUUCGGUUUCUUGAACUUGGCAAAGCUGCAGAGGAGGUAAAGUGGCCGUUCAACUCGUCUCAGUAGUGACACCACGAGAAUUAAGAGCGGUUCAUUCACCAGCUGCUCAGGAGGACCGGGUGAGUGGGAGGGUCUGUCAGUGAGCUACACCACUUUACGCACACUACCAGUGUGGAUUACAGAGAGCACCUAGGUGACUGGACCGAUGAGAUGAUACUUAAACACAACAGGAGCCCUCUUCUGCUCACCGUCACCUGCAUGUACUUCUCAGGAGGUCUGCUUUGGUCCUACCAAGAGGAGGAUGCCAGUGACGGUGAAGAGUGCUCUGAAAAUAACAUCUCUACAACCAAGUACCCCUGCGUGAAGUCGACUGGAGAAGUUACAACGUGCUACAGAAAGAAAUGUUGCAAGGGCUUCAAAUUUGUGUUGGGCCAGUGCAUUCCUGAAGAUUAUGACGUGUGUGCUGGCGCCCCCUGUGAGCAACAGUGCACCGACCAUUUCGGCCGUGUUGUGUGCACCUGUUACCCCGGCUACCGCUAUGACCGGGAGCGCCACAGAAAGCGAGAGAAGCCCUACUGUCUGGACAUCGACGAAUGUGCAGAAAAAAACACGACUGCGUGCUCUCAGAUCUGCGUCAACUCUGUGGGGAGCUACAGGUGUGAGUGUGAGAAAGGCUAUUUCCUGGAAGAAGAUGGGAAAACAUGCACCAAGGGGGAGAGAGUGCAUCUCUUCGAGAAGUCCGACAAUGUGAUGAACGCUGGAACUUGCUCAGCCACCUGUAAUGAUUUCCACCAGAUCAAGAUGUCUGUCCUGCAGCUUAAACAGAAGAUGGCCAUGCUGUCAAACAGCGCUGACGUCCCUGAGCAGAUGACCAGCGAGAAAAUCCUGACAUCCCCCAUAUUUUUACCAGGGCCUCCAGGUCUCCCCGGCCCUCCAGGAGAUCCAGGACCAGAGGGCUCUCCAGGACUUAGAGGACUGUUGGGGCCCCCUGGCCCUCCUGGUCCCAGGGGCUUGAUGGGGCCCAUUGGACCCACACCAGACCUGUACCACAUCAAGCGUGGCCCUCGGGGACCGGUGGGGGCACCAGGAGCACCAGGAAAGGAUGGUCUAAAGGGGGACAGAGGAGCUCCUGGGCCUGUCGGACCACCAGGUCCUCCAGGCUCCUUUGACUUCCUGCUCCUUCUGAUGGCUGACAUCCGUAACGACAUCGCUGACCUGCAGACCAAGGUGUACGGUCGACCGAUGCAGUCUCCAGGAGAGGACUUUGGUGCAGUCCCUGACGGCUGGAGGGACACCCAGGAAAGUCUGGAUACAGGCUCAGGCGAGGACUACAAGGAACCUCCACCUAGAACAGGUGGAGGAAGCAAGAGGGCCAAGAAGAGGAAACCAGCACAGGACAGAACAGACUUUGACUGGAAUAUUUAAAUUCUUUAUGUCAGGUGUAAAUAUUGAAGCGGUUUCCUUCUUUAUUUAACUGUUUUUAAACAGAAUGUAUAUGUCUUUUGAUCACAGAUGUUUAUUUUUGUAUGAUAUACAAGAUUAUGUGUGACUAUUUUUUAACAAAAUGAGUAGACUGUGCAAAUGCAUGUUUUUUUUUAAUUUUAUACUUUCAGAAACAUAUGGUUCCUUCACAGAAGAAUAAACAAGUCUCUCAAGAAAGCCGAUUGCUCCUCUUUACUUUAUGAUACUGUGUGUGUGAUUCUGUUUAACACAAAUAGAAAGAAAGUGAGCCACUCAAUACAUAAACGAUUAUUGACGCAACUGUUGGAUGGCUUUUGGGUGAUACUGUAGUUGGCUGAAGUUCUAACAUGAUGUGAUUUUAUUCUCCAGCAGAGGGAGACCUUCUCAAAGACAAAGUCCCUAACAUAUGCUUAAUCAUUCUGAUGUGAAAAGGAUAGAUUUUCAGACU